AUGCAGUCCUCGCACAAAACCGGGCAGAGCAGCAGCAGCAGAAGCAGCAGCAACGGCAGCAUUAAUGCUCCUCUGCGUGCACACCGCCCUCGAAGGACCAAAUCUCCUCGAAUGUCUCCUGUUCUGGAAGACACAAAGGUUGGCGGUCAAACUGAAGCUGUGAUCUUGCGGAUAAUCGAAGACACAAAUACUAUUAUACCAUCUCAACAGACGCAGACAGAAUCAAACUUUACACAUAACAACACAUCCAGAGAAGAUAAGAUUUUUGUCUUUCCGCAGCCUCACAGAAAGGUUUCUCCAUCGCCCUCAGCCAUGUCGAGGUCUACCAUGCCGAAGUCGUCAGACAGCCAGUCACCACCUCCAGUUCCGCGGCUGAAUGGGAAUUCCCAACAUAAGUUUGCUGUCUUUCCCCCUCCUCGGUCGUCUACCCCCAAUAGAUCCAAGUCAACGACAUCCUCGUCACGUAAAAGGGCGAAGACCGUCAGUUCUACCAACUCCCAGGGUGAUUCUACCCCGGGAACAUGGUCAUCACCUUCGACUUCGGAGGGUGAACCCCGUGAAACCAGCAAUUCACCAGGGCAGGAUAAUUCAUCACCUCUUCCUCCACCACCUCCGCCGCCUCCAAUGAGAUCUAUAUUCCCUCGAUAUGAUCCUAACCUACCGCUGGUUCAACAGAAAUAUUACCCAAAUGCAGGAUCUCCUAGAAGCAGUUCGGAGCAGACGCCCUCGCGGGUAGAUUAUGGAUCACUAUCCCCUCCAGCAACCUCUGCCUGUCCCAGUUUAUUUACGUCCACUGACGGUGAUAUGACUGCUGCGUUGGAAUCCCUUGAAAAGCUAUGGAAUGUUACUUGUGGUGAGAAUCCUGGACCUGAUACCAACGCCUUUCACUUGAAUAUCCGAAGAAUUGACUCGUUCACGUAUAAUAUCGGUGCUGGAUCUGUGGUUUUUUACACGUUGAAGACCGACACAAUCAGUGAUUUUGAACUUCACAAAACUCACCCAACCAAGCCGAAUACCAAGUCACCAAUCGUAACCCUCAAUCUUGACCAAAUCCAAAACUGCACCAACACUACUAUUCCCAUAUUCCCAAAACUUGCAGAGAUCUUAGCAAGGGAACAGUCGUUAGAAUUGGCAAGACAGAAUAACCUAUCUCCUGCGCAAGCCAUGGAAGCUGAAAAUGCUGCAGUGAGUCAGGUGAAAGCAAAGGAAACAUGCCUCUUUGAGUGGCAGGAUGCUCAAACACGUUAUAAACUACAUUACCACGCAAUGAUGAGUGCCUCUCCAGGUACACCAGGAAGUCGCCCCCAAUCGGCCCGGUCAAGCGUGCCUACAUGCCUACUUAAUGCAUCCGUGACGAACUCGCUACCUCCAUUCGGCGGCCCAUCGUAUAACCCUACCAUUGUCGUGUCAGCUCCUGACAGCGGGUCGUCCUCGGGAGGAACCGAUACACCAUUGGCAGCCGUGGAUUUAGAACAUAUGACUCUUACUGUCUAUUCAAAGGACAUUCUUUCCACGGUCCCAUCGCUGCACAGCAUUGAUACCCUAGUUGCAGCAAUUCUCACAGUAACCGUCUCCAACGAAACCACCAAGCAGGUUCUCGAAAGCAUCGACAUCUAUGCCCCCAAACCAGAGGAGUUUCCAGACCCGUACCGACCUCCAACGCCAAACCCAGCUUCUGUCCUAGCAAACCAUACCCCUACCAACAGCAAUGGCAGUGCUAUUGAGGCAUCUCAUGCUAUUUCUACACCUACCCCGGCUAUCAACCACAGGCCUGCAGUUCCCGAGGAAGAACGCCGAUACUUCACAGCAACCGGCAAGCAGAUAUUCACCACCCAAGCCGAACGGGAAGAAUACGAGCAAGAAGCCGAGUUGAUGGCCCAGGUCAGACGCAAGGGAAAGAAACCGAAAAGAACCCAAUCGGUAUCAUCCUGGAACUGGCCAUGGAAAAGACAGCCCGAAGUCAAGGAGAUAGACCUUGAAGCAGGUCUUGGCAGGUCUGCCAACGCAGUCAAGCUGCAGCAGCAGCGACACCAACAGGAGGGAGUACAACAACAGCAGCAGCAAAAGAAAAGGAAGUCUGCACUGACUGUUGAGGGGAUUGACGUUGAGCAGUACGGCCGGUAUGCAGAUGGUACACCGCGUGCAGGAGAGAAGCUGCCUGGCCCAACCCGCGCUGCGUUACGGGCUCUAUUCUGGUUUUUCUCACUUAUAAUGUGGUGUCUUACUGCAUGUGUGAAGGGCGUAGCCUGGUCUCUUGUCAGCCUUACACAUUGCGUCAGUGGUAGAAAAAAUUAA